GGCGAGGAUGAAGAGGUUGGAGGAGGAGAUGAAGAGGGUACAACAAGAGGAGGAAGAAAGGAAGGCUGCUGAAGCAGAAGCGGCAGCAGAAGAAGAGAGAGAGAAUGAGAAUUGAGAGUGGAGAAGGGAGCAGUGGUGGCACGAUGAAGUGGGAGACAGAUACUGAGCUGGAGAAGAAGAUCAGCGCGUGGGUCGCUAAUUUAUCGUUGGGGGAAGACGAGGAGGCGGAGUCCUAUGUGACUAAGAAUGAGAAGGCUGCGCUGGCCGCUGAGCUAGCAGCCAUGACAGACCCAAUGGAACGAAGAGAGAGGGAAGACGAGCAAAAGUUAGCAUGGAAGUUGAGAAUGAAGAGGGAGAAAAAGAGGAGGAGAGAGGAAGUGAAUAAGAUAACCGCAGCAAUGGCAAAGGUGCAGGAGUGUAGAGCGGAGGUGCUGGCCCAGCCAGAAGAUAAGGCCAAGUGGGACAAAGUGCAGGGAUAUCUGGAGGUGUUGAGCAAGGCCUGGAUGGAAGAGCACCAGGCCAGCUGGAGCCAAAACGUAGCCUGGAGUAUCAUGCGGUCAGGGUUUAGAGACUUUGCGCGCGAGAUCGUCACCCAUAUUGGGGGCGAAGUCAAACAGUUGAGAGACAAUGUACGGAAGUUUUGUGAGGGCGCCAUUCAGGGUGCCAAAGCUGUAGCCGCCCCAGAAGGAGAGGCCAGGCCCUGUAAGGACCCAGUGAAGCUUAAGUUUUCGGAUGCGUACAAGGGAAAGAAGGAAGAAAAUUUUGACAACAAGGAAGCCAAUGUCAAUAGUUAUAUUUACUUGCAGCAUAUCCUGGCCAAGGAACAAGUCCUUGUGGCCUUCCAAACCCUCAAAGAUGAAGCGGCUAGCUUCGCCAGGUCUCUUGCGCGUGCAGCCGGUUGUGAAAACAACCUGGUUGCAUAUUCCAAAGUCACUCCUUUUUCCCAAUUCCUCAAGUUCCUCAAGGAGCGGUUCGCUGACCCAACACGAGGCAUUAGAGCCUCUGAUAAGCUCCAAACGAUCCACUCCCGGCAGUGGAGGAGUGCCAAGGCACUCAAGGGUACCAUGGACGACUUGGUAGCCGUCCCGGACCACGGGGUCACUGAGCCCCAAUUGGUCCAGUUGUUGUAUCGUGCCAUUCCAGAGGCCCUACGCGGGCAUUUCUUUGACAAAUCUCAGCACGCCAGCAUGACUUACGAUGCAUUGAGUAGAAAAGUCGUCCUGUAUGAGUCGAAGUCUAUGCCAGUUACCACUUUCUGGCAUAAGGACCUGGAGAAGGGGAAGAAGUGGAAAGAUCGUACCAUCUCGGGCCAAGUCAAGGCCAAGGAUCACUUGAUCCUGRCAUUARAGGAGGGUGGUACARAARAGGUCYCAWAUSAUCAGAUUGAGUGGGGCCUAGGGGAGGAGUACAGUAGUGUAGGGCAGGGGAGGUCUUACGCUGCUGUCGCGGCCGGAGGGAGGCCGCAAGGUAGAGGAGGAGGCCAAGGCCAAAGGGGCCAGGCCAUGGGAGGCCGAGGACCGGGCGCACAGGGGGUUGGCGGACAGGGAAACCACCAAGCAGGAGGUAGGGGUCAAGGUCCCCCGUUGAAUCGCCAGGGUAACCGGUCCCCACAGCGAGGAGGUGGAAGGGCACCUCAAGGAGGAUGGCAUCCAGGCUUGCCGCAGGGCAGGCCCUGGGAAGACUUGGGCUUGGACCAGCGAUUAUGGCAGGAACGCGUGAACAUAGGUCAGUGCGUAUUCUGUGGUGACCCGGCGCACGUCUUGGAGAAGCUUAGAGAGGCUAACUUCAAGAUCAACGCAAAAAAGUGUGAGUGGGCCAAGACGCAAGUUUUGUACUUGGGCCACGUAUUAGACGAAGAUGGCAUCAAGCCAGAGGACAGCAAGAUCGCGGCGAUUAGAGAUUGGCCGACGCCCCGCACAUUGACAGAGUUGCGGUCGUUCCUAGGCUUAGCUAACUACUAUAGGAAGUUCGUGAGGAACUUCUCCACUAUCGCCGCUCCCUUGCACCGAUUGCUGAAGAAAGAGGCAAUCUGGCAAUGGGACAAAGACUGUACGUCUGCGCUCAAGAAGCUAAAGCGCGCGUUAAUAGAGUAUCCUGUCCUCAAAGUUGCAGAUCCGUCUUUGCCAUUUGUCGUCACCACGGACGCGAGUCAGUAUGGGAUAGGCGCCGUGUUGCAGCAAGACGACGGCAAUGGCUAUAGACCCAUAGAGUUCAUGUCAGCGAGGAUGCCCUGUGAAAAGGUUGCUGCCUCCACGUACGAAAGAGAACUCUACGCUCUCAGGCAGGCUUUAGAUCAUUGGAAGCACUACAUGCUUGAGAGGCACUUCAAAGUGUAUUCGGACCGCGAAACGCUUAGAUGGUUAAAGACUCAGGCCAAGAUGACACCUAAGUUGACUAGGUGGGCCGCAGAGAUAGACCAAUUCGACUUUGAGCUCAAGCCAGUGAAGGGCAAGUACAACGUAGUUGCGGAUGCUCUGAGUAGGAGAUCAGACUACUUUGGAGCUGUAGUACACUAUCUGGAUAWAGGGAGAGACCUGCAGGAGAAAGUGAGGCAAGCAUAUGCGCAGGACCCUAUCUAUAGCGACCUCCUAAAGAGAGUUAGAGAGGCCCCAGAGACUGAACCAGAUUACCGCACUACAGACGGGUUGUUGUUUGAGAAGACUAAUGUGUUUGACCGCCUGUGCUUUCCCAACAGCGAAGAGAUCCGCAGUUUGAUUUUAGGGGAAUGCCACGAUACUGAAGGGCAUUUCAGUUGGCAAAAGACAUUAGCCAACCUGAUGCGUGCGUAUACCUGGCCAGGGAUGAAGAAUGACUGCAUAGAGUAUGUCCGCAGUUGUAAAGUGUGCCAGAGGAAUAAGUCUACUACACGCGCACCCCUAGGUCUUCUCAGACCCUUGCCUAUUCCGGAUCAGUCGGGAGACUCCGUGUCCAUAGACUUCAUGGACACCCAAGUCAAGAGUAGACAUGCAAUUGACAGAAGUUUCUGACCGAAACUAGGGCCAGAGCUGAAUCGAAAAAGUCCUGUUGUGAGUCUGCCCGCACACCGAGUUCGCUCACUGCUGCGCUCUCACUGCUGUGUUAGCAUCAACUCAUGCUGAUAUUUCCAUCUCAAGCUGCUACAGUAAGCAGAAACAGGCACGUUCUUUGUAAUAUACUUUUCUUAAACGACUUUCCAUUUUCCUUCCUUUCCUUUUCUUAACAAAAACAGCACACCGGG